CAAUAAACCCCACCAACAAACACAACAAACACAAACAACACCACAACGAAGACAGCAAGCAAGACUCAAACAAGAUGCUGGUGUUGGUUGCGAGCGUGCUGGAGCGCGUGUUGGGCGCAGUGGUGUCGGCCAUCGGUGGCGCCUGCGGCCAAGUCCAGCAGGCAACGAGCCAGCAGCGCCCAAAGGUGUUUGCUGGCGUGGAGGGUGGUGGCCAGACCUGGCGCGUCGCCAUUGCCGUUGGGUCACCGACCAAUAUCACGGAGCGUGCCGUCUUUGAAACGAAGAAGCCGGAGACAACGCUGCCUGCGAUUCGCGCGUGGCUCGACGAGCACGAGUACGACGCCCUCGGCAUUGCCACCUUUGGGCCCAUCGAGCCAAAGAGAGACCACCCCGAGUACGGGUACAUCACAUCAACGCCCAAACCGCACUGGAAGAACGCCAACGUAGUAGCGCCACUGUGGAACGGCCGGGUCCCCCACAAGUUUGACACCGAUGUGAAUGCCCCUGCCCUCGCUGAGUUCAAAGCACACGGCGAAGCCAUGGGUCACUCAUCCUGCGCUUACAUCACCGUCGGCACUGGCGUUGGCGUCGGUCUUGUCAUCAACGGAAAACCCGUGCACGGUCUCCUGCAUCCAGAGGGAGGACACGUCAAGCUCGCAAGAUCACAACGUAUAGUAAUAUAA